AACCCAAAAAUGAUUGAGGUUAGAAAAUUUAAAGUUGUUUUGACGUACUAGUAGUGGUGGACACCGGAUUGUAACUUUGUUUUGAAAUCGUAUUUUAUUUAAUUUGGCAGUAUUAUGGCAGGACCAAAGAAAAAGUCCAGAGUACCUUCCAAAUCUGAAUCCGAAGGAUCAAGUAACGACGAGAGUGAUUCGGGAACUUACCAUGGACAGAAGGAAAUCCAAGCAACAUUUGAAGGACGGAAUCCUGAAGUACAAGAUUUUCAUGGUAUUAAGCAACUACUAAGUCAGUUAUUCCUUAAAGCUCACAUAGACCUGUCCCAAAUGAGUGAUUUACUGAUUUCACAACAUGGUGUAGGUUCCGUAUUGAAACAAAGCUAUGGUGACAGCGAUGAUGAGGAUGAAGAUGUUGAAAUGAGUGACGAAAAAGAUGUUUUUGGUAUUGCUAGUGUCAUCAAUUUGGGUUCGCACAAGGAGACUCCAUGUGUGCAGCAAUUCUUUUCGUUGCUUGAAGAGCUCAGCAAAAAACAUGCAGAUGAAGCCAUCCAAACUGAGAUUAGGAAAAUAGUUACAGAACAUAGUAGGUUAGGAUUUUUAGUAAAUGAACGAUUUGUUAAUAUUCCAGCUCAAAUAUCUGUACCUAUGUUAAAUUCAUUAAGCGAAGAAGUGGAUAGGAUGAAGAAAAAAGAUCCAUCAUAUGAUUUUGAGUACUAUGUUAUGAUAUGUAAAACCUGUAGGUCCAAAGAUAAUAAAGAUGAAGUAAUUUUUACAAACGACGAGGAAGAAAUCUUCUCUACGGAUGCUGAUAUUGGCUUUGAAUUUUGUGUUGCCAAUGAAUCAGAUGUUGGAUUGGGAGGCAGGUGGUUAGCAGAAGAUAAGCAGGUUAUUCCUUACAGAAAAGUUAUAAUGUUUAAGGCCAGUAAACUGAAGAAUAUUAUUUCGAAAAUAGCACUUUUUGUCAAAUCUUAAGGAGCUUAAAUCUAUGUUUUUAAGGAGCAGAUUUAAGAGCUACAAUGUUAUUUUUUUGCAAGUUGUAACCUAUUUUUUAAUAAAUUGAUUUUAUACCAUU